CAUACAUGGAAGGGGUGAAUCCAUUCAUCAAGAGCAACAAACAUCGCAUGAUCAUGUUCUUGGAUGAACUGGGGAACGUUCCUGAGCUUCCAGACACUACCGAACACUCAAGGACUGACCUGUCUCGUGACCUGGCAGCCUUGCAUGAGAUCUGCGUGGCACACUCGGAUGAGCUCCGGACACUCAGUAACGAGCGAGGUGUGAUGCAGCACGUGCUGAAGAAGCUUUUGGCUAUUACCGAACUGCUUCAACAAAAACAGAAUCAGUAUUGCGUGUCUAACAACAUCAGGUAGCAGCCCUCUACCUGAAUUCUGCAUGGAUCCAGCAUGUCCAACAUGGCGACUCACACCAGUAUCACUUUCUUCUUGCUCUUGCCAAAAACAGCACACCCUGUCACAUUCCCAGUGAUGUGUGAACUAUGCAAAAAGAAAAACAAAGAUUCUGUUGGUGAAUGACAGUACCAGCAGCUUUUUUAAGCUAUCUGUGCAGGACAUUUGCACUUUUUGGGGUUUUUUUUUUUUUGUUAUUUUUUCCAUUUGGAAACAGUUUUCACAAUCUCUGAGCCUUGGUGUACAGUUCACCUUCUGCAAUGAAAAUGCUGUGACUGUGUCUUGAACUUUGAAAAUCACUUUCAGCACCUCUGAUUGCCAAAGUUUCGUUGUCUUGUUGGAAAAGGAUCGCCAACUGACAUGAAGUGUAUUGCUUUGACAGCCACAUAUAACUGGAUAACAUUUCUUACUGUAAUUUCUGACUGGUUACAAUAAUUGAGACUUUUGACUGUUUCAAACCACUUUAACUUGUAUUUACAGUUUCCAGAAUUUGAUGUUAUGAUAGGAACAAUCUUUACUGUACACUUUUUAUACCAUGCUGUUUCUCUUGCUGGAAUCAUGUCGAAAGAGAAUAUGCAGAAUGGGUCUUGUCAGCUUUAUUUUUCUGAUGUGCCACUGAUUCAGUCUGAAUAGUUCUUCCACCAGGAACUGUAUAUCCAGAUAAAUCACAAUGCUUUUGUAAAAUGUUUACAACAGUAAAUAAUUUGAAUUCACUAAGUUUAUUGAUCGUUGUAUCAGACAUGCAUGCAUUCAUUAAACCAUUUU